UAGCAUUUUUGACAUAACAAAGAUAUUCAAUCACUUGAUUAACUCAAACAAAAGAAAUGACAGACUCCACAACUCCAAAGAACAAGCUCGAAGGCAAGGUGGCCAUAGUCACUGGCGGAGCAAGCGGCAUGGGCGAGGCCACAGCUCGCCUUUUCGCCUCUCACGGUGCAAGAGCCGUCGUCAUUGCCGACGUCCAAGACGAGAAGGGCCAAAACGUCGCUGCAUCUAUCGGCCCCAACAUAUGUAGCUAUGUCCACUGUGACGUCAGCGACGAGGAACAGGUGAAAACAUUGGUAGACUCCACAGUCAAAACGUACGGACGCCUUGACAUCAUGUUCAGCAACGCGGGCAUGGCUCGAGCAACCCGCACGUGCGAGCAGACCGUGUUCGACAUAGACUUGUCGGCUUACGACAAGAUCAUGGCGGUUAACGCACGUGGGAUGGUGGCGUGCGUGAAGCAUGCGGUGAACGCGAUGGUGGAAGGGCAUGUGAGGGGGAGCAUAAUAUGCACAGCGAGCGUGGUGGCGAGUCGUGGUACCAAAAACACUAUCGACUAUACCAUGUCGAAGCACGCAGUGUUAGGGUUAGUGAGGUCGGCGAGCUUGCAGGUGGGUUCAUAUGGGAUACGCGUAAAUUGUGUUUCACCGGGGUCAGUCGGGACGCAAUUGAUGAAGGACAUGUUGAAAACGGAAGAUGAUGAAGAGGCGAAUAAGGCGGUAGAGUCAACUUCAAACUUGAAAGGUGGGGUGCUGAUGCCAAAAAAUGUGGGAGAUGCUGUGGUGUUUCUUGCUUCUGAGGAUUCCCAGUUUGUCACUGGCCAUAAUUUGGAGGUUCAUGCUGGGUUUAAAUUUAGAGAUGACUAG